AUGAGCCACAAAGUCAUCUGCUUCGCUGUCGUUUGCUACGUUCCCGCGGCGGUUUCUGUCGUGGUUGAAGGCCUCGGCCAUGUUUACAUGUACCAGCAGGAGCUGCAACUCCUUGAGAAGUACUUGCACGCUGCACGUACCUUCUUCGAGUUUGGCAUGGGGGCGUCAACGAUGCAUGUGGCCAGCGAGUUCCAGCAGCUAGAAAAGAUAGUCUCUGUCGACAUGGACAAGCGGUGGGUGAAUCGAGUGCGAAAACACGCCUUUCUGAGCAAUGGCUCACUUUCUCCUCGGAGGAUCAAGCUGCUCCACGUCUACAUUGGCCGCACCGUUGGGUAUGGGUUUCCCUUGCAAAACAUGAGCCGCUGUCGCUAUAGAAUUCGCCUGUGCGACAGGGGUGCAAGUCCUGAGUGUGCGGUAAAGACUCGUUGUUACCAUGGCCUAAUCGGGAGGCGCAGCUGGUGGCCAAGCUUCAGCCAAGCAGUACUGGAUGCUGCAGCACGCUACAGACAUCGCUGGGACGUGGUUCUGGUCGACUCGAGAUUUCGGACAGCUUGUGCGCUAAAGAGUCUCAUGGCCAUCAGCGCAGAAGACAUCCACAGAUCUGUGGUCAUGGUCCAUGACUACUGGGUGCGACGGCCGCUUUACAGUGCAAUAGAGCGUUUCGCCGACAUCGAUGAAACAGCGGGCAGCCUCGUUGUUUUUCGGAAAAGGCAGGACGUGGAUCCAGCGGCGCUGCAGCAGGCGAUUCAAGCAUCCGAGUACGAUCCCAUCUGA